UUUAUAGUCUUCAAAUGUUCUUUGCUUUUUAUUCCCUCCCAGAAAAGCUCAUCACUUUUGUGCUCAAAAAUAAUGAAAAGCUUGUUUUUCCUGGCUACCCUCCUUUUUCUUUCUUUUUCUUCCUCCCUUCCGCUUCAAAAAAACAUUUUUCUUUUACCCUCUUCAUGCAUUUUGCUCGGUCAUCGUUCCUACUCCUUUAUCCGCUUUCUUUGAGGAUGUGUGGGAGUGGGUAUGUGCGCAAUUAAACGCCAAAAAGGACAUCCUAAUUUUGUAUGUAGAAGUGGAUCGUCUCAAGCAUUGGUGGGUGGUGUUAACCGAAACCCGGACUUCACUACACGAUCCAUCUU